AUAGGGACUGACUACACUUGGGGUCCUUCAGAUGGUAACCUCACACCCUCAAGCUUUUGAAAAAGUCUUUCUUUACGACCCAACGCCACUGAAGGCCAGCGAUAUUGUGGAACUUUUCCAUGCCAGGUGUCGAUCUUUGCCAGCAUCAAACCGAAGGCGGUUGGAAGCCAGGACCAUUGCCUUCUGGAAAGAUUGGCUCCUAGAGGUUGAAGGUGGACUUGCCCAUCCAAUAACUCUUGAGCAUGUGCUCAUUUUUGCCACUGGCCUUCAACGAAUCCCAGCAGUGGGUUUUCCAAUGCAGCCAGAGCUGGCAUUUUUGCACCCAGAUGAUGGACUAGCGAGGUUUCCAAAGGCCAACACAUGUUCACUGGUUCUUCACUUACCUGUAGGCCAGACUUACACUGAAUUCAAAAAUAACAUGGAGCUUGGACUAGGCUGUGCUUCCCAGUUUGGGGAGGCCUGAAGUUUAAAAAAAUUUUUUUUGAUAAU